ACUAAAGCAACAAGCAAGUCUAGUAGUCUAACUAUGCAUUCCGUAUUCUCAAUUGACCCAACAAGAAACAAGAGCAAAAAAAAAGCAAUCCAACACAUAAAGGCCCAAAAUCAUCGCAUGAAAUCCAGACAGCAAACAAACAAUGUUCUUCGUCAUUUAGCAGCACACUUGGAAAUACUUGCUUCUCAUGCUAUAUUUGGAGAAAUUCAAUGAAGAUUUCAAAACCCUUUUUGCUAUCAUCUCUUUUGGUGCUACUAUCCUCGAUAAUUAUAGCCUCAGUUUUCAUUAAAACGCCUCAGAAUUCCAAGGACAUCAUCACUAUGACGGAAGAACAAGAAAAUGGGGCAUCAAUUUUUAAACAAUUUGGAGUGAAGAUUGACAAGAACCCUCCUCAAUCUAAGCUUGAUGAACUUCAAGUCAACACUUGGUCCAAAUGGAGCGGUCAGCCAAUGAAAAUUCCAUGGACUUUUGAAGCGGAAGAGACAAUGUACCUGCUGGAGGGUAAAGUGAAGGUUUCGGUUGAUGGGCAGGAGGGAUCUUUUGAAAUUGGAGGUGGAGACUUGGUUGUAUUCCCUAAUGGAAUGAAGAUCACUUGGGAAGUACUUGAAGCUGUGACCAAGCAUUAUCACUUAAAAAAGUAAUUGUAAGUACAUAUUCACGGCAUUCCUAGAUAUGAUCGUAUUCAUGUCUUAUUUUCACUGAUAUAUUAACCCUUGUAUUCAACUUGUAAGUCAUUACAGAUAUAGUUGUACGUGAUUUGAAGAGAGAUAAGUAGUCAUUAAAAGUACUGUAACUUGUAAGGAGUGUUUAAUGUUGGAGUGAAAGGGAUUAAAUGACUUCUUGGUGGUUGGCAUUGACGACGAUGAUGCAUGUUUUAUGGAUAAUGUAUCUCAUAAGACUAUAAGGGGGUGUUUGGUAUCAAAUUAGUAAAUGUAAGGGAAUGGAAACAAAUUAGGAGGGGAAAGGGUAAUAUAUAGUGUUACCCUUACUACUUGUUUGGUAUUACUAAGGAAACGUAAACAAUGAUAACCAAUCCCUUUCUUCUUGUUUGGCAUAGAUAACUUGGAAACAAAUACCUUUCCUUCUA